AUGUUCUUCCUCGUAGCAUGCCAAACCUCAUAUACCAGUCAGCAGAGAAUUUUGGUGUGUUGGACUUCAAAUUACAAGACACACUGUCUGGAAAUGCAAUGUAAGUUUUGUAAUGAGCCUUUCUCUACUCGUGGUAUCAAGUCGCAUGAGGGGAGCUGUUCGCGGAAGCGGGAGAAGAAACGGCGCAAUAAAGAGUUUGCUGAGAUUGCGGCUCAUGUAGUCGAGGCUCAAAAGAAAGAGCAUCGUAAGGAUCGACAGCGCCUCCGAAAGGGACAUCAAGCAGCUGCAACUUGUAAUAUCAAUGUACCUUCACAAUCGGCGGAUGAUCAACACGUCAGAUCGGGCUCGGACACGAGUAUUAUGUCAACAGGUAUAAUAGGGACUGCGGCCGCGGCCACAGUCCCUAUUACUUGUGAUACGUUCAAAACCGAGUAUCACCCAAACAGCGGACGCGCCCCAGCCAUUGAGACCUUCUCUGCCUUUGGACACUCCAUUGAGGCAGAGGCUAGGUCCCUGCCCAUCGUCAACAAUGAACCGUGGCAACCUUUUACGUGCCGUGUGGACUUUGAGUUUGCAGAGCUCGCACACCAAGCAGCACUCAAUAAGGACCAAACCGACAAGAUGCUGGCGUUGAUAUGGCAGAUCGCUGAGGGUCACGCAAAGUUUACAUUCAAAUCUCAUGCUGAAGUGUCGAAAGCCUGGGAUCGAGCAGCCACUCAGAUGACGCCCAUAAGCUAUCUCCAAACUUAUCUUUCGAGAAGCACGUCAUCUCUGUCCCAUACAAGAAAGAGGAACUCGAAUUCGACGUACAUACACGGCUGCUGUGGGAUUGGGCAUUGGACUUGUUGCAAGAUCCGUCACUGGCACCACACUUUAUAUGGGAUGUGCAGCGUCUGUACAAACAUAAUGUCAUCAUUGCCAAACAACGGUGUUCCGUUUGCUUUCAUCCUCUACGCUGACAAAACCCAUUUAACCUCGUCUGGACAUGUGAAGGCAUACCCAGUAAUCGCCUGUUGUGCGAAUCUUCCUGUUCACAUAAGAAAUGGCGAUGGAAUUGGAGGAGGCCGUGUGGUCAGCUGGCUACCAAUUGUUCCUACAGAUUCUAGCGAGGAUGGCAAGCUCAGCUACACGAAUCUCAAAUGUGUUGUCUGGCAUGCGGCGUUCAUCAAGUUGUUGGAGUCCAUCAUCCUGUACUCCAAAACAGGUUUCGCACAUAUAUGCUUCGAUGCUGUCAUGCGGUGGUUAUACCCACUAAUUCUACUUCUAUCUGCAGAUUACGAAGAACAAUGUAUUAUGGUGCUAAUACGCGGGCUACAUUCAAAUUGUCCCUGCCCUAUCUGUCUUGUUCCCUCAACCAAACUUUCCGAUCUCAGCACAGUGUAUCCUACUCGAACCAUCGAGGAUGCGAAAGCUUUCUUAGAGUUGUAUUCAAGGGACCGUGUUGCUGGAGAAGCAGUACUGAAGGCACACGGCUUACGUCCUAUUGCGAAUGCGCUCUGGGAAGUUGAGAACUCUAAUCCUCACGAGACGCUCUCGUUUGAUCCCUUACAUGUCAAUGAUAUCGGUCACUGGGGCACCCACUUUUUUGAGGAGCUCAAAAUCCGUGUGAAGGCUCUCGGUCGUGAAGCUGAGGCGAAGAUUGAUGAACAACUCUGCAGGUUCGACACAUUUCCGCGAUGGCGUAAUUUGAACCAUUUCAAGUCUGUCAUGAAGAUAUUGUUUAGUGAUGGCAACAAACUUAGGGAUAUCACUAAGCAAAUGCUGUAUGCAGCACAAAACGUAUUGACACGUAAUGAAGAUACUGUUGGCUAUGCGCUGUUGCAGUGUAUAGCCAGCUACCUACAACUGACCAUGUACAUAGCGCUCGAUGUGCACACUGAAGCCACACUUGCUGCUGGAGAAGCGGAGCUUCUAGUGUUCGAAACGCACCUACAUGCAUAUAUUGACAUCCAGGGUGAAGAUUUAACCAAGAACUGGAAUUUUCCGAAGGUGCAUGCCCUGACACAUGCUUUCCCUGACAUCCGUGCGAAAGGAGCAGCACGCAACUUCAGUACUCGACCGAACAAGAAGCAACAUGGACCAUUGAAGCGAGCAUACUUGUGUCAAAUGAAUCGUAAAGAUGUUGCCAAUCAGCUUGAUCAUAUCAGUGUAGUUUCUGAAUUGGUCCGCAGUCGUAUUUCCCACCUCGAUGAAGAUCGGUGCAAACGCACGAUGUCACAGGGAGAACUCGAAGACAACGAUACGCUAGAUGAUCAGCCGUUUUUGGGCCAUCUCCACAUCGGCGCUCCUCAAAUUCCUGUCACUCUCGCUGCAGUGGAGGAAGGCAACACAUCAAACCCCGCAUUUCAGGAUUUCCGAACGGAAUUUAUUUCCUUACAAUCUAUUGUUCGCGGUGCUUUACUGGUGACAGAUUAUGAUAACAAUGGUGAUUUUUUCCUUGUUGAUCUUGUUGACACGGAUAUGUUCCUCCAUGCGAAGAGUUUGAGGUCUUCCUAG